CUGUUUGCUGAGCGCUAAUAACAACCACGAGGAAGGAGGCGUUCAUUCGUUCCUGUGGAGGGAAAAAAGGCGCAUCUCAGCGGCUGAAGCUGAAAGUUGUCGUGUUUCUCUGUCGACUGCUCAUAACAGGACCGACUCACCAUGGUUGACCCACAGGAAAAUAGCCCGCAGGACAUUCCUGACUAUGACGGCAUAGAGGAUGAAGCUUUCCCCCCACUCCCACCACCACACUCCCCAGGCCGGGGAGGCCAGGAGGAAGGAGACCCUUUUGCAGAUGGAGAUGAAGGUGAGGUAUCACAGCUGGCUGAUGUCCCUACUGCUAAAAGGAGAGGCGUGAAGAGACCCCAACCCAAGCUGGACUCCCACAGGCUGAUAUCAGAUCGAGGGCUUCCAGCUCUGGGCACUCUCUUUGACAAUAUCCAGUUCAAAGGCAAAGGACACGAGGCUGCAGACCUGCGGCUGCUGAUGCAGAAGAUGGAGAACUGGGCCCACAGGUUGUACCCCAAAUUGCAAUUUGAAGAUUUUAUUGACAAAGUGGAAAGGCUCGGCAGCAAAAAGGAAGUGCAGACAUGUCUUAAACGAAUACGACUGGACAUGCCCCUGACACAUGAAGAUUUUACAAGUACAGAUGGUGCUGGUGACGAAGAGGUACAACGUGAACUGGAAACAUUUGGGAAUCCUGAUCUGUUCAGCAGAGAGAGUUUUAUUAAUGCUCCCCAAGGGCAGAUUGCCGAAGCCCUCGCUCCCCCACCUACUCCCUCUCUGACCGAAGAGCAGCAGAAACGCAUUGAGCUGAACAGACAGCGGGCCCUGGAAAAGAGGCUCGCACGCCAGCAGCAAAUUGGCCCUUCAGACUCUCAGACUGCUGACAUGUUAGGAGACAAACCUCCAGCUGCAUCCUCACCAAAUGUCAUCAAAGGUUCUACUGAUGGAGAUGAAACUGUAGAAGAUCCUGACCUCGAGCCUUCCAACAACACCUCCACGCAACAAACCAGCCCGCUUCCCCCCAAAGACUCUGAGCCCGCUGAGGCUGAGACCGGCCUCAGCCCUGAGCAACAGCUCAGCAACGACUGUGUAGGAGGGGAUUAAAGUUCAGGUGCAGCAGUUUCUGCUGAAAAGCUUUGGCAGUGAGCAGAUUUAAAGGUUUCCCAAUGUUCGUGCCUGCUCAUUCGAGUAAUGUUGUGCAUUUCUGGUGGUUUAUAUCUUGAGCACAUGUUCCUACUGUGACGUCAGCUUUGGGUUAGCAAAGACAUUUAUAUUUAUAAUCAAUGGAAAUAAAUGUUUUUCUUAUUUUUAAAAGUCCAAAUCCUAAACGUAUUUACCAUGUGUUGGUAUCUAAUGUUACAGAAAAAUAUUUGAACUGAUCCACAGUUCCAGCUCUGAUGCAUCGUCUUUCUCCAGUUUCACUAUUGGCAGAAUUUUGGUUGCAAACACGUUUCUAUGCAAGGCCUCUGUGUGUGUGUGUGUGUGUGUAGUAUGUGAGCUGUCAACUGACCAUCACCCUCUUCCAAGCAUUAAGUGCUCGUUCAAUUAUGAACAGUUCUUUCUUAAGCUACUGCAGGGGCAUGCAACACAACACGAUGAAGUGGCUCCAUCUGCGCUAAUGAAAACACCAUUUUUAAUUACAGGCCACUGCACACAUAUUGAAAUAGUUAUGUACAGUUCAUAUUUCUGUUGGUCGUUCUAGAAAACAAUCUUAAAAUCCACAAACCAAAAAACGGUUCUGAUUAUUUACCAGUUCAAACAAUAAAAAUGUCCUUAAAAUGUUA